ACGCUGGUGCAGAUGCGGAAGUUGACGGUUGUAACAAUUAGCCACCUUGCUAGCUAAUUAUUUACUUAACUGAAGAUUUACUUGAUAAAGACAACGAUAAAUAGGUCCUGAAUUGAAUGAUAUAUCCUUUGAUACGUAUUUGUUGGUGAAACCUACAUAUUUCCUCGCUCAACCAGGAGGGAAUUUGAAAACAAUCGAACGUGUGUAGGAGGAAGGUCCUGAUGGCAGACCACACUGAUGUCAGCCUGCCCCCUGAGGACCGUGUCCGUGCCCUGACCAAGAAGGGCAGCUCUGUGGACGUGAACGAGGACGUUCCUCCCCGGAGGUACUUCAGGUCAGGUGUGGAGAUGAUCCGUAUGGCCAACACCUACACUGAGGAGGGCAACGCCGAGCACGCCUUCGUACUCUACAACAAGUACAUCACGCUCUUCAUUGAGAAGCUUCCUAAACAUAGAGAUUACAAAACAGCCAACAUUCCAGAGAAGAAGGACACCUUGAAGAGGCUGAAGGAGGUGGCCUUCCCUCAAGCAGAGGUGCUGAAGAAGGCUCUUCUCAAGAUAUAUGAGCAGGAGCAUGCACAGUAUCUCAUCAAAAAGAAAGCGGAGGAGGCAACCUUGGCGCAGCAGCAGUCGAAGCAGCAGGCGCUAGAAGCAGAGCGGGAGCGUGUGGUGGAACUGCAGCGGCGCCAACGGGAGCAAGAGCAGUUCAGCGCCUUCGAGGAGAUGAUCAGACGGCAGGAGCUGGAAAAGGAGAGGCAGCGUAUCCUUCAGGAGUUUCAUGCUCCUGGGACCCCUCCCCCCGAUGCACCCCUCCUCCCAGGGAUCCAUGGCCCCCCUCUGCCCCUGGCUGUGUCCCCCACCCCCCCUCAGAGCCCGGGGGACAGUGCCGGCCAGGUCAGACCGCUCCCCACCUUCGACCGGACGCUCAAACCUGUGAGCCCUAGUGGGAACAGCAGCACCAUGGAUGGGAUGGUGGAUGGCAUCCGGCAGCUGGCAGUGCCCUCAGAGCUCUGCAGCAGCUUCCUCAGGCUAGCUGAGUCCAACACCAGCCGAGCGGUGGAGACCUGUGGUAUCCUCUGUGGCAAACUGCUGAGGAAUGCGUUCACAGUGACCCAUGUGAUCGUGCCGAAGCAGAACGGAGGGCCAGACUACUGCGACACGGAAAACGAAGAGGAGCUGUUCCUGAUCCAGGACCAGUAUGACCUCAUCACCCUGGGCUGGAUACAUACCCACCCCACCCAGACAGCCUUCCUGUCCAGUGUCGAUCUCCACACACACUGUUCCUACCAGCUCAUGAUGCCGGAGGCUAUCGCUAUUGUCUGCUCACCCAGGUUCAACGAGACGGGCUACUUCAGGAUAACAGACCGUGGGAUGGAUGAGAUCUCAACGUGUAAACAGAAAGGCUUCCACCCUCACAGCAAAGACCCUCCUCUCUUCACUGGAGCAGGACACAUCACCGUCACCGAGGACAGAGUCACCAUGUUGGACCUGCGGUGAUCACCUCUGGACUGGGGAUCUACACACCAAACGCUGGCUGGCUGAUUGGCUGGCUGACUGACUCUAUUUGUUUAUUAGGAUCCCCAUUUAGCUUUUUAAGAAGCAGCAGCUACUCUUCCUGGGAACCAUAAAAAUCACAAAACAUGACAAGUAACUGAUAAAGUUGACUGGCUGACCUGACAUCUGGCUGAAUUUGGUGUUGCAUAAUUCUGGUAAUUUUCUUUAGAUUGUUGUAAAAUGACCAGGGUUCCAUGAAUCUUGGUUGGAGAUUUUCCCGGAUUUCCAGGAAUAUUCCAACCAGGAUUUCUGGAUAAUCCAGGAAUUUGUAGAAAGACUGUUAAAAGACAGAGACAUCUUACUUCUAAACCCAUUGUUCUACCCAUCAGUACAGACAGUGGGAAUGGUUCAUUAAGGGACCUCCUUCUCUCACUUUCCUCCGUUGAACUAAAGCAGACCGCUUCUCGUAGGGGGAAGGACAACUCUCCUGGGUCCACUCCCACUUUUCUGUCUUAGUCUUUAUUUAAAAAGUGAGUUUUAUUCCAGAGGUGACUAUCACUCCAUAAAGCUCUGCUAGGCUUGCUGCCAACAGUCCGUUUAUGAUUUCAUAUCCUUUUUGAUGGUUUUCUGCUUUUUUUUGCUCAGAGCUUACCUGUCUCGCAGGCUGGCUGGCUACCUGUCUCGCAGGCUGGCUGGCUACCUGUCUCGCAGGCUGGCUGGCUACCUGUCUCGCAGGCUGGCUGGCUACCUGUCUCGCAGGCUGGCUGGCUACCUGUCUCGCAGGCUGGCUGGCUACCUGUCUCGCAGGCUGGCGGGCUGGCUGGCUACCUGUCUCGCGGGCUGGCUGGCUACCUGUCUCGCGGGCUGGCUGGCUACCUGUCUCGCGGGCUGGCUCAGAUCAGAGAGGAUCUAUAGGCAAUGUGAGAGGAUUUUUCCUACAAAACUGUCUCGUGUUGCACAGGAGGCUGCUGAGGGGAGGAGCUGAAUAAAUGGAUCAAACACAUGGUUUCCGUUUCAUUGAUUUAUUAUGAGCUGUCCUCCCCUCACCAGCCUCCGGGGUGUAUAUGGUUUGACAGGGCAUGCAGACCUAACAGUCUAAACUAAGGAAAAUGCCAAGGAGAACUGACGAGACGAUGACGCCAUACGUCUCUUGAUUUUCUCCCAGUUUGUGAUCGUCAUAAUAAGAUGACUUAACAGCUGGACAACAGAUAGAAAUACAACGAGAGGCAUGCCUUUUCAGUACCAUCUAUUUUAUCUGGAUCUUCCACAAGGACGAGGGGGAUGUCGCCCCCUAGAUGCUGAUCUUGGAUUUGGCAGUUUCCCCAGGAAUGGUUAAUGAUAUGUUUGGGGAGGCUGAUUCCUGACCUGUAGACCGGAGCGUUCCACAACGUUGUGUGUUUGAACGCAGCAUCCAUCUAGUGCUUAUUAAGGGACCUGUAUACUUUGUGUCUGUUUAGACGACAGCAGUUGAAGAAAUGGGUGAAAGGCAGUGUGAAUGCGUAUAACCGAUGGACUAAUGCUGUCCCGUGUGAUUAAUAACUAUUAUCUGUAUGUUCAUACUUCUCUCUGUCCUAUUAAUGACUUGUCAGGCUGCUGUAGAUGGUUCUCAAUGUGUUCAGCUGUAAUUAAAUGGCUAAGUGAGGCUCUGUUCCAGUAUGGCUUUGGAAGCGCUUUACAAUGUUUUAAUAAAGGGGAACUUUCCCAUCUGAA